GGAAUUUUGUGAAGGAAGAUCCCCUCUCUCCCUCCCUUCUCUGACUCUUUCUCCAGUAUUUUGUCCUCUUAUUACUAUCAUUAUCAUUCCCUUUGCCUCACUUUAUUUGGCGCCUCCAAUCAAUCAUGGCGACCACUCAUAAUUCUUCUCCUACUACUCACGCUGGGGAAGCCUCCGCGGAGAACAGGCUUACGCACUCUGCCUCCUUCAGGGCCCGGAAGAAGCCGCCGUCCGCCGUCCCGCGUCCCGGCUCCGAAGCCGAUGACUUCUUCAACCUCUUUCAUGGCUCCGAUCCCGUCCGCCUUGAGCUCACUCGCCUCGAGAACGAAGUCCGAGAUAAAGACAGAGAAUUGGGAGAGGCAAAUGCUGAGAUCAAGUCCCUGAAGUACUCUGAGCGACUAAGAGAAAAGGCUGUUGAGGAGCUAACCAGUGAGCUAGGUAAGGUGGAUGAAAAGCUAAAAAAGGCAGAAGCACUUUUAGAAAGCAAGAAUCUUGAAAUUAAAAAAUUAAGUGAUGAGAAAAAAGCUGCUCUGGCGGCUCAAUUUGCUGCAGAAGCCACUCUACGCAGGGUACAUGCUGCUCAAAAAGAUGAUGAAUUGCCUCCUAUUGAGGCAAUCAUAGCACCAUUGGAGGCAGAACUAAAGCUUGCAAGAUUAGAGGUAGCAAAGCUUCAAGAUGACAAUAGAGCACUGGACCGCCUUACUAAAUCUAAGGAAGCUGCUCUGCUCGAGGCAGAACACACUGUUCAAGUGGCUUUAGCUAAGGCUGCCUUGGUAGAUGACCUUCAGAACAAAAACCAAGAGCUGAUGAAACAGACUGAGAUAUGCCAGGAAGAGAAUAAAAUUUUAGACAAAAUGCACAGACAGAAGGUGGCAGAAGUUGAAAAGCUAACUCAAACUGUUCGUGAGCUUGAAGAAGCUGUUCUUGCUGGAGGGGCUGCUGCUAAUGCUGUAAGGGAUUAUCAGAGAAAAAUGCAAGAAAUAAAUGAGGAGAAAAGACUUCUUGAUCGGGAACUAGCUCGCGCUAAAGUAUCUGCAAAUCGUGUAGCUGUUGUUGUUGCAAAUGAAUGGAAAGAUUCAAAUGAAAAAGUAAUGCCUGUAAAACAGUGGCUUGAAGAAAGAAGAUUUUUUCAGGGAGAAAUGCAACAGCUACGAGAUAAGCUAGCAGUUGCAGAGCGCACUGCAAAGGCGGAAGCACAGCUAAAAGAAAAAUAUCAAUUGCGGUUUAAAGUAUUGGAAGAAAGACUGAAAUCUACUCCUAGUAAAGUUACCUCUCGUACUGCAUCAUCAUCAUCAGAAAUAAGAAGCGUUAGCAAUGGGCGUGCACGCCGGCAAUCUUUUGGAGGUGUAGAAAACAUUUCUAAACCAUCCUUAAAUGGGUUCUUGGCUAGAAAACCAAGUUACUCUCGAACAAACAUUUCAAGCUUUUCAUUGAAGAAAGCAAAUAACUUGCCAACAUCUUUGGAAGGGGACAGCAAGUCAUCAGAUGGUAAAGGCCAACCAACUGAGAAUGUGGAUGACAAAGAUCAUGAAUCUGGAAAUAUGCUAACUUUGCAUGAGAAUGGGAAUGGGAAAAUGAUCGAUAGCACCAAAUUGGAGAAGGAAGAUUAUGUUUCUGGAGCACUGUAUGACAUGCUGCAAAAAGAGGUUAUAACUUUGAGGAAAGUCUGCAAAGAAAAAGAUCAGACGGUGAAGGAUAAGGAUGAUGCAAUCGAGAUGUUGGCAAAAAAGGUGGAAACACUAAAUAAAGCCAUGGAGACGGAAGCAAAGAGAAUGAGAAGAGAAGUAGCUGCAAUGGAAAAGGAAGUGGCUUCACUGCGUGUCACGAAGGAGCAAGAUCAAAGAAUACGGCGUGCAAGUUCUGUCAGGCUGCCUACAAAUGGUUCCCACACCGCCACUCGGCUUCACUAAGAUGUUUUCAAGGGAGAGCUGUUCGUUACUCUCAUGGAAAUGUAUCAUUUGUUUAGCCACGUAUCUGGAUCCAGGUUCUUCUUGGGGUGACGACCAGCUAGUUAAAAUGUAAAGAGCUUUAGGUGCUCGUAGAGGCCAGGGGAGACAUUCUUGGGUAGACAUAGCAUUCUUUAUGUCAUUCAGUGCUUGAGAAAUCUUGUUCAUGUGUGCUUGUCAACGAGGCCCGGGGAUGGGGAAUUGUUUGUGCGACAGAAAUGAUUGUCGUCUGUGUGGUCUGUGCAAAGCAUGAGGUCACCGAUGUGGGGUUACCCCAGCACGGACCUAAAAGUUGAGACAAGUAACUGAUCAGUGUUGAACUCGGUGACUAAUUUUCAUCCAUCCAAUUUAAAACAUGUCGGUUGAACAUGUUAUCCAUGGAACUCCAAAA